AGAGUUGAGUCUGUCAUGUUUCUUUGUUGUCGCUUUGAGCUGCGAAAAUAAAUGGAAUAUUAAACAAAUUUUUACACGUGUAUCCUCCGCGUUUUCACCCACUACCUGCAGUCUGAGCCGCCAUGGAAGACAGGUCUCCAGCCGCGAUGCCUGUGUCUCCAGACUACAUCCAGCAGUGGAUCCAUCAGACACAGCAGUUCCACGCUCUGCAGGCUCAGUACUCCGGAUACCACCAGCACUACUCCUACCCCCCCACCGAGGGUGCUAUGGUCGGACCUCAGAGCCCCAUGGAACAGAUGCAGCCUCCUCCUCCUCUACCUCCUCUUCAUCCUCAGAACCACCAGAACCCACCACCUCAGGACCAGCAGGGGGUAGCAGACCUCGGCAAACCUCCUCCAAAGAAGCGCGGCCGCCCGGCUCACCCCAAAGAGCCCAAACCUCCAAAAGAGCCCAAACCUCCAAAAGAGCCCAAACCUCCAAAAGAGCCCAAACCUCCAAAAGAGCCCAAACCUCCAAAGGCUCCCAAAGAUCCGAAUGCUCCCAAGGCCAAACCAGGACCCAAACCGAAGAAGGCCAAGCUCACGGAGGAGGCCGGAGCAGAAGGGAACCCCGAGGACGAGAGCCCCAAGAAGGUGAAGAGGAAAGUAGACCGAUUUAAAGGCAUGUCCGAAGAGGAGGUGAUGAAGAAGACACUGCCUGAUUUGCUCGACUACAACCUGGACUACGUCAUUAUUGGCAUAAACCCGGGGCUCAUGGCUGCUUACAUCGGGCGCUGGUUUCCUGGGCCUGGAAAUCACUUUUGGAAGUGCCUGUUCCUGUCGGGCUUCACAGAGGAGCAGUUGAACCACAUGCACGACACAGUUCUGCCUCAGAAAUACAAGAUGGGCUUCACCAACAUGGUGGCCCGAGCCACGCCAGGAAGCAAGGACCUCAGCAGUAAAGAGCUUCGAGAAGGAGGCAAAAUCCUGGUGGAGAAACUGAAGAAGUUUAAGCCUCUGAUCGCUGUCUUCAAUGGGAAAUGUAUCUAUGAGAUGUUUUGUCGGGAACUUUUUGGGAAAAAACCUAAAACUCUGGAGUUUGGACUUCAGCCGCACAAGAUCCCAGAGUGUGACGUGGCACUGUACCUGAUGCCCUCCUCCAGUGCGCGCUGUGCUCAGUUCCCCAGGGCUCAGGAUAAGGUUCAUUUCUACAUUAAACUGCGUGAGCUCAGAGACAAACUGAAGGGGGAGCUGAAGAGCAGGGACGUGGAGGAGGUUCAGUACUCGUUCGACCUGCAUCUUGCCAAAGAGGAUGCUAAGCGAAUGGCCAUCAAAGAGGAGCAGUACGACCCCGGCUAUGAGGAUGCGUACGGAGGAGCCUAUACCGAGGGAGGAGGAGGAGAGGGGAGGAGCAAUGGACACUGCACCUUUAGCAACAAUAAUACAGAGCCGUCGGCAGCUUCGUCGUCUCAGCCGCCUGCAGCUGCGCAGUCUCCAGACGGCCAGUGGAUGAAUCAAACCUUCACUGACCAGAUCCCCCAGAUCAGUGCUCCUCCAGGGGGUUCUGUGUGACUCUCACAUCAGUGCUCCAGCUAUAGCCUGUAUAUAUCUCUGGACAUGGCUAACCUGCAUUCCAAACAGGAAGUGAGCAUGAGUGCAAUUCAGCUCCAUUGAUUCUGGCUCCAAUUCACUUUCAUUUGAAAAACUCUGGCCUCUCUCUGUAACUGCUGCAGUCAGGCUCGUCAUUCUGACCUUAAAUGUUGGUUUUAACUGGCUCUACAUUUUUAUUUCACUAUUUUAUUCCCAAAUCAAGAUCUGAACAUUAAUAACAGACAACUCAUGCACCUUCUUUCCCCGAAGUUGCUAGCGUUAGCAACAGGUUUAUUUUACAGGCAGGAAGGGGUUUUACCCUUCUUCUUUGUUGCUCAAAUUAGCUGCUAUAACUGCUAGCCUCAAUGUACUUCAUUUGGAACUGAAUGCUAUGGGUGAUGUCACAUUCAGUCAGUCCACUUCUUUAUACAAGCUAUGGCUCCACCAGGGGGCGCUGUGUGACCUGCAGGGCAGCAGGCUGACGUGAGACCACCACUCACCACCCGGGGGCGCUGCAUCAGGACUAAUCCUCAGACGCAGGGACAGACCUGGCUCACACUGGACACUGUUACAGACACCAUCUUAGUUUUAUCAUUAUACUGACUAUGGUAAACUUCCAUAAUGGCUUUAUUGCACGUUUUAUUUUAUGACCGAGUAACCAGGUGUGAUAUUGACAAAAGAAAUCUCCAGAAAACAGUCUAAACUGUACUAAACUGUGCCUGUAAAUGUUUGUGUGUGUGUGUGUGUGUGUAUAUAUAUAUACACACACACACACACACACACACACACACACACACACACACACACACACACAGGGGCAAAAGUAUUUAGUCAGCCACCAAUUCUGCAAGUUCUCCCACUUAAAAAGAUGAGAGCCUGUAUUUUUCAUCAUAGGUACACUUCAACUAUGAGAGACAGAAGGAAAAAAAAAUCCAGAAAAAUCAUUUUCUGAAUUUUUAAAGAAUUUAUUUGCAAAUUAUGGUGGAAAAUAAGUAUUUGGUCAAUAACACCAAAUUAAUCUCAAUACUUGGUGACAUACCCUUUGUUGGCAAUGCCAGAGGUCAAAUGUGUUCUGUAAGUCUCCACAAGGUUUUCACACACUGUUGCUGGUUUGACCCAUUCCUCCUGCAGAUCCUCUAGAGCAGUGAUGUUUUGGGGCUGUCGCUGGGCAACACGGACUUUCAACUCCCUCCAAAGAUUUUCUAUGGGGUUGAGAUCUGGAGAUUGGCUAGGCCAUGCCACGAUCUUGAAAUGAAGCCACUCCUUCAUUGCCUGGGCGGUGGGAUCAUUGUCAUGCUGAAAGACCGAGCCAUGUUUCAUCUUCAGUGCCCUUGCUGAUGGAAGGAGGUUUUCACUCAAAAUCUCACGAUACAUGGCAAAAUUCAUUCUUUCCUUUACACGGAUGAGUCGUCCUGGUCCCUUUGCAGAAAAACAGCAUGAUGUUUCCACCCCAUGGUGUUCUUUAGAUGCAACUCAGCAUCCUUUCUCCUCCAAACAUGACAUUUUGAGUUUUUACCAAAAAGUUCUAUUUUGGUUUCACUUUACCAUAUUACAUUCUCCCAGUCCUCUUCUGGAUCAUCCAAAUGCUCUAACAAACUUCUGGACAUGUACUGGCUUAAGCAGGGGGACACGUCUGGCACAGGAUUUGAGUCCCUGGCGGCGUAGUGUGUUGUUUCUGGUGUCGUUUAACAGCUCUUUGGUCUUGGCCAUAGUGGAGUUUGGAGUCUGACUGUUUGAGGUUGUGGACAGGUGUCUUUUAUACUGAUGACGAGUUCAAACAGGUGCCAUUAAUACAGGUAACAAGUGGAGGACAGAGGAGCCUCUUAAAGAAGAAGUUACAGGUCUGUGAGAGCCAGAAAUCUUGCUUGUAUGUAGGUGUCCAAAUAUUGUUUUCACCGAGGAAUUUAACAAUCAGUGCUGUCUCUCAUAGUUGAAGUGAACCUAUGAUGAAAUUUUUUAAGUGGGAGAACUUGCACAAUACAUACACACACACACACACACACACAUCGUUCACCUCUGACGGCAAGAUGUCACAAAUACAAAGAUAUUUACAGUUUUAAUCCUGUUACACAUAUUUGAACACUGCUUGAAAGGGCCAUACUACACUAUUAUAUCUACUAUCUAUGUUCUAAUGUAGUUUCCUCAUCACAAACAUUCCUGGAGUUGUGUUUUGUUUCAUUCACGUGUUUAACACACAAACCCUGCAUAUUUAGGCUGUGUUCUUCUCUCAAAGUGAAAACACUCUAUUCCAUCUUGUCAUGUGGUAAUACAGAAAGUGCUUCGCUGCGUUUUUAAACUCCACACACUUUCACUAGAAUCAUUUGGAUGAUUUCAGCCCUGGAAUUGCCAAUCUCUACUGAACUAAAAGUAAAAAGAGUGAAAGCUACCACUUCAUGACAUGACAAGGUGGAACAAAGCAUUUUGACCUUUAAAGAUGUAGACGGGGUCACUGAAAACGUGUGAAUGAAACAAAACACAACUCCAGGUAUGUUUUAGAGGAAGGAACAAUAUAACAUGGCUUAAAGCUCACAAGAAUCAGUUUCACGUAAUGUAGGGACUUUAACCAUUUAAAUCAUGGUUUGACCUUUGAUCUCCACAUCUCUGUCCCCAGUGUGAACCAGGCCCUAGUUUCUUUUACUGUCUUAGCUAAAUAAUGAAUUGUAGUUUUAGUGGAAGCAGAGCUGUGUUUCUGCACAUUUUUGUUUUAUGUUUAAACUGUAUUUUUCACAGUGAAAUGUUUUAUUGUGAAUCUACUGCAGACAGUAGAAACGGUGCUACAGACUCAAGGUUUGUUUCUGUUUUUAAUAAAUGAUGAUGUAGAACUCUGUUAGAAUCAUGUUUAAAUGUGUUUUAA